UUCUCACCUUGCACAAAGAUCCCAUAAGCCUCAACAGAAGAAACAGAGAGAGAUCAGAGAGAGACAGAGAGAGAGAGAUGAUGAGCCAAAGCUACUACUAUCAAAACAUGGGCUCUUCCUACUCACAAUCCCCUCCUAUUCCUCUCCACCUUUUCUUCUUCCUCCUCACACUACUUCUCUUCAUAAGCUUGUCAUGGUAUCUUAGCUAUGAGUCGAUAUUAGAGAGCAUAAUGGAUCAAAUAAAGCUAUUGCUUAUCGCAUCGCCGCUCGUGCUUCUAAUCGUUGUUCAAUGGCUAUCGAGUGGCUCCAAAGGGCGGCGAACGGUCCCCUUCUUCUCGGUGUUGCCUGAGGAGAGGGAGGCCCUCCAUCGAGCCGGCGGAUCGCCAUGGGGUGUUGGCUUUCUUCUUGUUCUUCUCUUGCUCAUGAUCUCUUACAAGUCUUGUUUUCAGGAACUAUGGUUUUAGCACGUAAUUAAUAGAAAAUUAUAUGUAUAAUUUUCUAUUAGUUUUGUGUUGAUUGACAAAUGCUACAUUUUAUGAUGGUUAAUGGCAGAGAUCAGUGUUUGGCUUACUUUGUUUGUAGCGAUUAUACAUUUUAGUUACAGAAGUUUAUAUAUCUGGUUUGAUUUCAGAUGGAAGGAUUAAUGGUGUUGAGCUUCUAAGUGGAAAAAUGGUUAAUAGUG